GUUUUUGACAGGGCCAUUUGUUUUUCAAUAUCAUGUCAAAAUCUAUUACUCCACCUUUAGCCAGUUUUGACUGGCACAACAUGGGCUUUCAAUAUAGAGACCUUAAUGGUUACAUGAAAUAUACUUGGACUGAAGAACAUGGCUGGGAUAAAGGAACGUUUGAAAAGGAUUCUACAGUUAAUGUUCAUAUCUGUGCCACUGGUUUAAAUUAUGGACAACAGUGUUUUGAAGGACUAAAGGCCUUCCGUGAUAGCGAAGGACGUGUUCGUAUCUUUCGUCCUGAAGACAAUGCAGAAAGAAUGAUUCAUAGUGCUAACAUGGGAUAUAUGCCAGCCGUACCUAAAGAAGUCUUUUUAGAAGGUGUCCGCAAGACGGUUGAGGCUAAUUUGGAAUACGUCCCACCCAAGGAAACAGGCGGGUCGCUCUAUAUCCGUCCUCUUUUGUUUGGCAGUGGACCUUUUAUCGGCAUGGGCCCAGCUCCUGAAUUUACAUUCGUUGUCUUUGCUAUGCCAGUGGGUGCUUUCUAUAGUGGAGGUGUUAAACCAGUAGAUGCUGUUGUCAUUGAGGAUUUUGAUAGAAGUGCUCCUAAAGGUACUGGAAGUGCUAAACUGGGAGGCAAUUAUGCGCCUACAUUUGGACCCGUAUUUAAAGCAAAGAAGGAUGGUUAUGCACUUACUCUACAUCUGGAUGCAAAGACUCACACGUAUAUUGACGAAUUCUCGACUUCCAACUUCAUUGCCUUGACUUAUCCUGAUGCUGAAGGCAAACGUACCUUUGUUACACCAAACUCUAACUCUAUUCUCAAAUCAGUCACUCGUCGCUCACUUGAAGAUAUUGCGGAAAAGCUGGGAUGGAAAGUAGAGGAAAGAGCAGUUGAAUUUAAAGAGCUGGAAGAAGGCAAAUUUGCAGAGGUUGCAGCUUGUGGUACGGCUGCUAUCAUCACACCCGUCAAAAAGAUUGUUCGUGGCGAUCAAGUUAUCAUGGUCGGUCCUCAAGAUAAUAUUGGUGAAGGCUUAAAGAAGCUUUAUGACGAAUAUCGUGGAAUUCAAGGAGGUGAUAUCGAAGACGCCUUUGGUUGGAUGUGGCCAAAGGAAGGCUUAUAAUCUUUAAUAAAAAUCAUUUAUUGUAUUCUAUCCAUUUUGAUCAUUUACUUUGUGGUGAACACUACGCGCACGAGGAAAU